AUGGAUACGCUUCAGGUAAAAAUCAUGGUCGAUCCGAUCUCUCGGCUGAUCUUCAGGUUACAGCCGCUAACUCGUCUGGUAGUCGUUCUCACGGGUGCCGUACUUAUUCAUCUCACCAUAGGCACAUAUCAUACUUUUGGAAAUAUGCUACCGUACAUGGCUUCAUACAUGAGAAAUUUCACCGACUCUUCUGUUCGAAUCGAGCAUUUUAUGUGGGUCCCAACGUUUCAAGGUUGCUUCCCGUUUUCUAUGGUUAUUGGUGGGACGUUGGCGCUUCACGUUGGGCCCCGUGCGGCCGCACUAAUUGGUUGCACUAUAGCAACAUCCGGUGUCGCACUUUCAUUUUGGACAAUAAAACACUCAUUCUUCGCUUUCUUUGUCACUUAUGGUCUUCUUUUUGGUCUCGGACAAGGAAUUGCCUACGUCAUCGCAGUGGCCACUGUAAUCAACUGGGCUCCGGAAAAGGUAGGAUUGGUGAGCGGAAUUGUUGCAGCUGGUUUCGGCAUCUCCUCCUCUGUUUUUGCUCCCAUUCAAACAAAACUCAUCAAUCCACUAAAUCUACCGUCGACGAGAGACGGAUAUUUCCUGGACAAAGAUCUGCUACUUAGAGUUCCUGAUGUGUUCUUGACGUUGGCUGGAGUCUAUGCAGUCAUGCAGCUUAUAGGACUCAUUGUUAUCUGCGAUCCUCCUGAAAAGACUCCGUCAUGCGAAUCGAUUGUCAGGCAGCGCUCAGUGUCACGUGAAUCGAAUUCUGACGACGAGUCUGACCUAUCUGAUGUCUUCGUCAAUGAUCGAGCACAAGAAACCUCAAUGCGGCCAGCAGAAAUUUUGGCUUCCUCCACUUUCUACUUUCUGUUCGCUGCUUUGUUUUGCUGCUCAUUUUACGCGAAUAUGUUCUACAAUCUCUACAAGACUUUCGCCGAAACAUUCAUCGAUGACGAUUUCUUUCUGGCGAGAGCAUUCGCCAUAGGGUCAACGGCUAAUGCUAUAGCACGUGUUGGAUGGGGUUAUCUUACCGAUCGCACGAGUUUUCAGACGGCUGUUUCAAUAGCUACCUGUCUGGCUUCAUCGCUUUUAUUUACAAUACCGUUGACUAAGGAACUAGGCCGUUAUGCCUUCCUUCUUUGGCUGGUCGGGAUUUUCAUCUGCAUGGGAGCUACGCAUGCGCUGUUUAUCACUGCUGCAGUGAAAUGUUUUGGAAAUCGUUACAAAGCCGCUAACUACGGAUUUCUCACCUUUUCAACGACGUGCAGCGGCAUCAUGUUGUCAAUUAUUUCCCAGUACUACCUGACAACAGUGGGGUAUACUUGGCUGUUCGUAAUCACUGCAGUGUUUCCGUUCAUAGCUUUCCUGGUGACAUCAUCGAUUCAUCACACACCGCAAGGAUCUCUUAUAUCAGGAUGA